CGCGGAUUCCGUGGCAAUCGUCUGUGCGAUCCGAUCACGGGUGACAUGCACGACUUAGCACUAUGUUGCUGCUUUUUCACCGACUGGGACACCUACUCACCCUCACACUCCUCGCCUACCAGGCUUCUGUCUCCGCAGAAGAACCGGGAGCCGAGCCGCAGCCAACCUCUCUGCACGGAGCCGAUCUGUCUCUGAGAACUCAGCUUUUGAAGUUGCUGAAAUCACUCGAGUAUCAACGUAAACCGCCGACCGAAACUCACCGUCCAUCAGAUUCUACUUCGCGACUUGCCUCCACGGCCCAACCAGCGGAGGGCGCAGGUCUCAAGGUCAACAGCCGAAGAGGCCUUUCCGAUUUCUUCCCUUAUUUCCGCCGGUAUCAAGCGGAUACCGAGGACCGGAAACCGGAAGUCGGCGACCGGAAACAGGAAGUCGGAGGCUUGGCCAGGAAGGACGAAGGCAGUAAGAGAGGAGGCCUUUCCGAUUUCUUCCCUUAUUUCCGCCGGUAUCAAGCGGAUACCGAGGACCGGAAACUGGAAGUCGGCGACCGGAAACAGGAAGUCGGCGACCGGAAACAGGAAGUCGGCGACCGGAAACAGGAAGUCGGCAACCGGAAACAGGAAGUCGGAGGCUUAGCCAAGAAGGACGAAGGCAGUAACGCGAUCGUCGAUGCGGGUUGGAACCUUUUUUCGACCUUUUCAGGGGCGCUGAGUCCCCCAGAGCCCCCCCGCAAACGAAAACCGAUCGAGGAUAUCCCUAUCUUAGGUGGUCUAGUCUCCCUGGGCGGAGCGUUGGAGUUGGCCGGCCAGCGGAGCGUGGACCUGCUCAGCGACGGGAGCCGGAAGUUCGGGGACCUGGCCGUGGGGACGUUCUCGAAAUCGGGGUUCAAGUACCCCGCGGCGGGGGAGGGGGUGGGCGCCGCGGGGCUCGUGGGCGCCGUCGGGGGCCUCGGCAAGCUCUCGCCCACCGACCUGAUGACCGUCGCCUCAGCCCUGAGCCAGAGCACCGGCCGCGUAGACUUCAUCAAGCAGCUCCUCGAUAAGUCCACCCCCGAGACGGCCUUCAGACUCGGCCAAGCCGCAGCCUCCAUCACCGAGCUCAGAGGCAACCCGGCCUUCGCUGGGAUUUUCAGGACCUUCGCCAGGCGUAAAUGAGAGGGAAAAGGGUCAAUUCUCCCGUGGUAAGGAAGAACGCCAUAUGAACCUUCAGGCGUUGCCGAAUUUCCUCUGAUAAAGUGCGAAUUCCUUGGAGAAAUUGUAAAUAUUUUUCUUCCAAUUUUUCAGACUAUUUCGUUCGAAAAUACAUGUUUUACCUAGGGAAAUUUGGCAACUCUCGAAAGUUUAUACGACGUUCUUCCUUAGCACGUCUGAAUGAAAGAUCGCAUUGAUGGUCUCCUAUCAUGACACAGGGAUUUGCGCUUCAAGUGCUUCUUUGGGAGUAAAAUUUUGCGAGGAACAUUAUGAAGCUACUAUUAUUCUUAGAUACUAACUCUCAAGCUCAAAAAAAUCUCUCAAAUUUGGAGCUUGGAAAUUCGUCUCAGAGAAAACCAAUAGUACCAUCCUGUUUCUCGCAAAAUUUUACACAACAGAAAAUGCUUUUUAUGAAAGCGCAACCGAUAAGUUUUUAGUUGGUCAGAGUAGUUUCUUCAAAUCAAUUUUUUCUAAAAUUUUAACAUUCAACCUAAAAAACACAAUUCUUUGAUAUUCUUAUCUGAGUCACACUGUUAAAAUGUAUACUUAAUGUUCACCCACCGAGACUUAAAAGUGAUUAGACUUAAAUAAAAUGUAUCAUUUGAGUCAUAAUUGGCACAGACCAGGGUUUAUUCCAAUAAAAGAAACAACCAAUGUCUUCAUCGAUGGUUCAAUGCCCUGAGUCAUAUUUGAGUGAAAACCAAAGUUUUUGUCACAAAACCGCGAACUUCGGCUUAGUUAACCGACACUCAAUUCCUAUGCCAUGCCUACUAUUCUGUGCGAUGAAUCGAUUAAUUUACCAUUUAAACCUAUGAAAAAGGAUAGAUUAAAAGGGUGUCGGGAACGAACAUUUUAUAAAACCUUUUUUUACUAUGGCAUCAAAUGGGGAUAAUAUCAAUAUCCAACAAUUUACACCUGUGGCCACUGUUUUUUUUUUUGACCGAAAACCUCGGCUUUCUAAAACCAAAAAACUCAGGUGCUCCGUUGAACCGAAGUUGAGUCUCAGUGAGCAACGUUUUUCCUCAGUGACGGAACGUUCUUUUCCUCCCAUUGUUGCCAUAAUGUGCUGAGCAGCAGUUUAUCCCCUUUGAACCUAUGUAUAAUAUCCAAAUUAAAUGGCAUAACCUGGCAACCGUGUUUCUUUUAAUGAGUUAACCCAAUAUUUUGUCUCCAAUCGACAUGGUGAACAUGAAAUAGGUAUUUAAAAGAAUUAUCGACGCCAGGUAUCAUAAAAUGGAAAAUCAAAGCAAGAAAGAAUCUGAUAUUGCUAUCAUUUUAUUCUCUGGAGCAGAUAGUUCCAGAGCAUCUAUCUGCACGCGAAAAGUAAUUGAAAUGGGUUUGAAAUUUUCCACAGAAUCACCGCGGUUUUUUUUGUCACUUCCCGGAAAAUUACUGACUCACUAAGCUCCAAUAUUUCCUUUAUGGGAAGAGCUGUCUGACAGCAGCAAAAAAGGUAAUACGGCUUCAGUACUCACGCAUUUCCGAUGAUAACUGGAGGCCCAGCAGCCACAAUGCAGCGCAGUUCGGUAGUUUAUGGCCAUGCCAACAUGCAAAGUUAUCCGGUGUUUAGUCUGUUUAGUUUCCCUCUCACCCGUGUUUUUGGUAAGGCAAACUGAAAUUUUUAAUAAACUGAUAUAAGACCA